UUUAUUAUUUGUGCUGCCUGAAAUGAGACAGAUGGAAGGAACGGAAGUAUUCUUUAGGUUGUCUAGCAUAUGGCUCUUGCUGACCCUGAUCAUUGUCGUAGGGCAUGUCAGUCCAGAGGAAGUCAAAAACAAGACAGAACAGAAUCCUGAACAAUUUAUGAAUAUCAGUGAGAGAAUCCAGUACUGGAGAUAUCCUUCAGAAGAAUAUGAGGUCCUUACGCACGAUGGCUAUCUUCUGAGCCUGAACAGAAUUCCAGGAGGCUCAAAAUCUGCUGUACUGCUGGCCCAUUGUUUGGAUAUGGAGGGCAGUGUCUGGGUAGCAAACCUGCCCCAUAAUAGCCUGGGCUUCAUUCUAGCAGAUGCUGGAUAUGAUGUGUGGAUUGGAAAUAACAGAGGAAACUCCUGGUCUAGAAGACACAAAUUCUUGACAAUUGACCAAGAUGAAUUCUGGAAUUUCAGUUUUCAUGAAAUGGGCAUAUUUGACCUUUCUGCCAUCGUAAACUUUAUUCUACAGAAAACUGGACAACAGCAAAUCUAUUAUAUUGGCCAUUCUCAGGGAAGCAGUAUAGGCUUUGUGGCAUUUUCUGAAUUGCCUCAACUGGCUGAAAAAAUAAAUAUUUUUUUUGCCUUGGCACCCUCCUAUAAUUUGCUAGGCAAUAUAAGUCCUCCAAUGCAGCUACUACAUUUGCCAGAUAUAUUGAUAAAGCUUAUGUUUGGGAGGAAAGAAUUCUGCAUAAUGAAUAAGAGCCUGAGAGCAUUUGUUGCCAGACUGUGUGGCCACCAUCCAAUUGACUAUCUCUGCAAACAAGCUCUUUUGCUAUUUUCUGGAUUCAAUGAAAAGAAUCUAAAUCAGAGUCGGGCAGAUCUCUACGUAUCACGAUUCCCAGAUUUUACCUCUGUAAAAAAUAUUCUUCAUUGGGGCCAGGUAGUUAAAUCAGGGGAAUUCAGAUAUUAUGACUAUGGCGUAGGACUGGCAGAUAAAUGCAACAAGACUUCUCCUCCCUUGUACAGGAUAGAAGAGAUCACUGUGCCAAUAGCAAUAUGGCAUGGAGGACGGGACUGGGUUUGUCAGCCUGCAGAAAUUGAAGCUUUGUUACCACGAGUCACAAAUCUCAUCCAUCAACAAUAUUUUCCUGACUGGGACCACUUUGACUUCCUUUGGGGCUUUGAUGCUCCUCAGCGUUUGUACAGAGAAAUCCUUGACCUGAUGGAGAAGCAUCUGUGAGACUGUUUGGGAUUAAGGGCAAUCAGUUUACACUAGCUCCUUCCACUUGAGUAAAUUUGGGUCAAACCCACUGAUAUCAUUUAAAAUAACUUGUGUUGAACUUUGCUUAACCCUCAGCCCUGUGUGCUGCCUGCUCACCCUAGAGAAGAGACUGGUUCCAUAACAAUUAAUGUUAUAUUUUCAAAGUAAACACCUUGAUAAUAUACUUCACUCUCUUCCAUCAAACCCCUUUUAAAAACCUAUGAAGCCUUUGGUUUAAUCCCUUAGUCUUCAUCCCUUACUGUUAGCAUGCUAGAUAAAGUUCCUCCAUAUGUUUUAUGCAGGAUGAGUGAACCUGCCUCUUCCACUGUAGGAGGAAGAAAAAUGAAAAAUGAAAACCCAUUUUGGGUCUUGUGCAGCUCAGCCAAUGGGAAGAGGUGUGGUAGACUGUAGCUCCCCUGGUUGUCAUAAGCAGGACCACUGUAGAAAUGCAAGAGACACCUUACUAUGGAGACCUCCCAUAUUCAGAUCUGGAUGUAUUUCCUCUUUUGGGAUCUCCUGAGGUUCAUGGUAUGACACGCAGUAGAUUCAGAAGAGGCUUCAGUAAAAUUCCACCCAGCCUGAAGGCACUUCCAAGCAUGACAGAAGGGAAGCUGCUUGAAUAUGGCUACUGGAAAGUGAUGAAAUCAGUCACUUCUCCACUUAAAAUUCAGGCAAUAUCUGACAAUUAGGGAUGGGC